AUGAAAUCAAUAUCAUAAUAGACAAGAUCUCUGAUUUAGAAAUAAUAGGAGUUAGGGUUGAUUGAUUCUAGGAUUUCUUAAUUAAAAUAGUAAUUAUAAUUAUAAGAAUCUAACAAUCACAUCAUUGAAUUCAAGGUUAAUAAAAUUUUAGAAACUAAAAAGAAUACAUUCAAGGAUUAGUCUGAUCAUAGUAGAAGAAUUGAAAAUCUGAACGAAGAAUAAGAAAACAGGAACAGUAAAAUUAAGUUAUUGAAAAAAUUACAAGAGGAAGAUUCCAUGAGAAGAAAAAGAGACAUAGAUGAGGAAAAACGACUUGAAUAAGAAGUAAUGAAAGAACGAUAAAUGCUCUAUCAAUUGCAAUAUAAACAUAGUUAAAAUGAAGAGCUUUAACUUAAAUAGUAGCGGUUCUAAAAGAUAUAAGAGGAGAAAUUUAGAAUGAAAUAAAAAUUAGAUAUGCAACGAAUUGAAAAAAUUGAAAAUGUUAGAAAUUCUUAAAUAAAAAAGAAAGCAGAACUUUCAGCUAAAUUUGAUUUAUAGUAAUAAGAGUAUUAGUAAAAAAUCGAAGAAGAAUAAUAGUUAUUAAAAAAAUUAUCAUUCUCUUAAUUUAGAUUCUAAGCACUUAAAGAUGAUCUUGAUUUAGCUCAAAAGAUAUCCAUACGAGACUAUACUAAUUCUGCAUCAAAUCAAGCUUUUAUCAAACAGCCUUUAGAUUAAUCCAAGAUCAAAAAAGUCAUUUUCACUAGUCCUUAUGCAUAGAUACCCUCCAUAUUAAAUCAAAAAAAUGUGGAUAAAUUGAAUCUACUUUAAAAAUUAUUGAAGCCUUCUUUCAAAGAUCAAUAAUAAACAACUGAAAGGUUAAACAAGAAAAAUAACUAAACUCAUUUCAAUACUUAACUUUCUGAUAGAACAUAUACCAAAGAGAAUUCAUCUAAAUUUGAUACAGAAGCUAGUAAAACCAAAAAAAAUAAAUUUUAACAGAUUAAAAAGUAAAAUACUAAUUUGGGUACUCAAAGGAAAAGUUCCAGUAAAUUGAAUACAAAUUAGGAUCUAUAAUAAAAUUAGUAAUCUGAUAGCAUCUCUAGUCCUAAAGAUCAAUAGCAGAUGGAAGAAUCUUAUAAAGAAAAUCAAUAGCAAGAUGAUGAUGAAUAAGAGAACUACAAUAAUGAUUAGGAUUAUGAUGAGUAUGAGGAUGAUAAUUAGACUCCUUCAUAAGAUUAAGGUAAAUAACAAGAUGAAAAUUAAGAAUAAAACAAAUAAAACGAAGAGGAAUUCUAAGAUGAAGAACAAUAUCCAGAUGAUAAUGAUGAAGAAUAAUGA